AUGUCUGGUGGGCAACAUCAUCAAGCAGUUAGUAUUCCUGUGAAUCGUGAGCAACGGUCAUUUGAGAGGCAGAGACGUGACCUGUUAACUGGCCUGGAACACGGAGGUGGUACUCAUCGUGGCAACCUAAUCGCACCGUACACGGAAGACUGGCCGAGUACUGUGGACAGCUGGAUCAACUCCUCGUGGAGGAGAUGGGAUGAAGACAUGCGACGUUUGAGACGUGGAAUGUUCGCGCUAUUACCGUUGGACAACUUCACCCACGGUAUUUGGGAGAAUCCAUUCGCUUUAAUGCACCAAAUGGAUCGUCAUAUCCAGGAUAUCCGAGAGAGAAUGGGCUCAAUGGAUGUUCCGUCGACCGGUUCAGUGAGUGACUUUUUGAAGGACGCCUACGAAAUAGGUGAGGAUGGCAAGGUACAUUUCAAGCUGCCGAAGAGUAUUGAUGAUAGUCAACUGAAAUGUCGCAUGACAGAUGAUGGUGUUUUGAUGUUGGAGGCUCCAGUGAAGGUUGAUCAGAACCAGUCGUUGACGCUGAACGAGUCUGGUCAGGUGGGUGUUCGACCGAAAUCGGACAAUCAGAAUAAGGCAGUUCCUGCGUCUCAAGCACUUGUUGCAAAAGGUGUUCAUGGUCUAUCGUAUGUGGAUGAUGGUUCAGGUGGCAAGCGAUUGCAUGUUGAGGUUCCAGUGGACCCAGUGUACAAGCCUGAAGACUUGUGUGUGAAUGUUGAUUCGAAUCGUGUUGUGGUUAGUGGACGUCAUCAUAAGCAGAAGAGUGGUCAAUAUGGAAAGUCAAGUUCAUUUGCAGAGUUCAGUCAGUCGUAUGCGAUUCCCGAGACAGUUGAUCCGUUAUCUGUUUCUGCUCAGGUAGUUGGCAAUACAUUGGUAUUGGAGGCGCCAUUGGAGAAGCAACAUGCAAUUACUCACUAG